AUGUCAAUGUCGAAAUUCGCUUCGAAGGUUCAGCUUCCUUCUCCUCUUGCAUUUAAAACAAAGUCUACGGAAAAAACUGCUUCUACCGAUGUUGCCAUUCACCAGGAUAGUCCCAUUGGCGAAGUGAAUCCGCUACACGAUAUUUCUGUAGAGACUUCUUCCCCCGGUGCAACUAGUCGUUGGUCUCUCUCAUCCGCUUCCAAUGCGAGUUUUGAGAGUCUUCUUUCUGAUCAAGUUUCCGUGCUUUCUUUCUUAGAUUGCCCUGUAGACGAUUGCUUGAGUUUAGCGAAUCCGCCCAGUUUACAGAAUCCCAGUGAAUCCUCAAGCGCACAUUCACGAACUUCAAGUAGCUGGAGUGAGAGGUUAUCCAAAUUUUCCAAACAUUCUCCCAAAUCAUCUCUUUCAAGACAUUCUCCGAAAAACUCUGUUUCUUCUUCCAUUGCCGCAGUUUCCUCAACCUCUUCCAGUAAGCCUCUGUCCCGUGAUCCGCAAAGUAAUAAAUCGCAUGGCAUUCGAAAGCAUCUUUCUCGGGCUAAACAGUUGGUAAAAGACGUUUGUGAAAGUGUCAAACAUAUAGGAUCCGAUAAUGAUUCGGAUUAUCUCGCAACCGUAUGCUUCGACAAUAAGAACACUCCAAAGGCUGUUAUUGAUGUCAAUCAUGAUACUGAAGAUCACAAAGAAGAUACUCAUACUGAUACUUAUGGACCCGUCGACAUCAAUAAUAUGGAUUCAUUGGUAGAUCUGGCUAUUGCUUUAAAAAAAGAAAGAAAAAUUGAAGAUGCUAUUGAAAUUUUGGAGUUCAUAAUGCCUCGCGUGUCUGCCUCCCAUAAUUUUGUUCCAUACGAAUUAGCCGAAUUAUAUAAAAUACGAGGUAACACUAGCGAUUUGAAGAACAUUUUCCGUUUACAUGUCUUAGCUGCAUCUUUAGGUCAAGAGAAAAGUGCAUUCUUCGUUGCUGACGCUUACUUUUAUGGUACCUACGGUGCGCACGAAAAUACCUUACGGGCUUUGCAGUAUUAUCAUUUGGCAACGGAUAAGAGCAAUCCAGAUGCAAUGCUGGCAUUGUGCAAACUAUAUUUAAAAGGCUUACCGGGCCACAUUCAAGCUAAUAGUCGAAGGGCAUUUGAAUACGCUCACCGUGCAGCUAUGUUAGGAUACGCACCGGCUUGCUAUGUCCUUGGAAAGUUUUAUGAAACCGGUAUUGGAUGCGAAAAAGAUUUGGCUAAAUCAGAAGCUGGAUUUCGUGCUGGCCUUGCGAAAUCGUCAUGUAUAACCGAUGCUGACGCUUUACAAAUAGCCAUGACACUUGUCCUCCUUCAGUGA